AUGAAAAGUAAUGAAACGAGAAUCAGCGAGUUCGUACUGCUUGGUUUGACGGAUGUUCGAAAACUGCAGCUCCUGUUCUUUGUCAUCCUUUUCUUUUCCUACUUGCUGACAAUUAUGGGAAAUUUUAUGAUUAUCCUCCUGGCUAACAUAGACCGUAGGCUACACACCCCAAUGUAUUUCUUCCUCUGGAAUUUCUCCAUUAUGGAAAUUGGUUACACUACUAUUAUUACCCCUCAAACCUUGUCACAUUUGCUGAUGGGCAAUAAAAAUAUUUCCUAUGUUGGUUGCAUCAUACAGUGCUUCCUGUAUUUCUAUCUGGGCACUACCGAAGUCUUCUUCUUUGUGGUUAUGUCCUAUGAUAGAUACCUGGCCAUUUGUAACCCUUUGCGCUAUCCAUCCAUCAUGCACAAGCAUUUAUGUACCUUGCUUGUUUUCUGUUGCUGGAUUGGAAGCUUCCUCAUUCACAUCGGUCCAUUUACGGUCUUCCUACAGUUUCCAAUGUGCGACUCAAACAUCCUGGACCAUUUCUUCUGCGACAGUGCCCCAUUGUUGCAUCUCCUGUGUGGGGACACCAGACUUCUUGAAUUUUUUGUAUCCUUGCUUGCUGUUGUUUUACUGUUCGGGACUUUGUUCAUUUCCAUGGUUUCCUACAUCAACAUAAUCAGAACUAUCUUGAAGAUCCCAACUGCUACAGGGAGAAAGAAGGCGUUUUCCACUUGUGCUUCUCAUUUCAUGGUUGUGUCCAUCGCCUACGGGAGCUCCCUCUUCCUCUAUAUCAGCCCAACCCACACGAACCAAAUGGAGUUUGCCAAGAGACUGGCCAUUCUCAACACAAUUGUUUCUCCUUUACUGACUCCUUUCAUCUUCAGCUUGAGAAACCAACAAAUUCAGGAAGCCUUUAAAGGUUUGUUGAAACAGGUUGCAGGCAUCAUUAACGGUCCAAGGAAAACCUGA